CGAUAACAUCCGACUUGAUUGUGCCGUUGCGCGUAAUGACCACAGACGGCGCUAACGAGCCGCAUUCAUCAACAAGGAGCAAAAAAUAAAGCAGAGAAGAAGAAGUGCCUGGAGCCAGGAAGGAUGGCUUGUCAACAAUGGCGUCCUGACCGGGGACGAUGCCUCAAAACGUACGCGGUCGUUCUCCUUUUGUGUACAGACCUGGUGCUACAACGUGUACAAGGAUACCUGAGCUCCCCUCACGUCGGCCAGGAGCCUCCCUACACCAGAGACUCCCAGCAUGGCCCAGUCAUCACCAGCGCGGCGGUGCCCGCUGCAGCUUCGGCCUCUCCUGCUGACGACGAGAGCCACGCCUCCAAAUGUCCCAGCGGGGGUUUGUGCAGGCGCUUGCCAGCUGAUUGCAUCAACUGCAAUUACCAGCAUAAUUGCACCUACGGGAAACCAGCGUCCUUCACCUGUCAGGCCAAAAAAGGGGUUCACUGUGUGGGCGAGUCGGGCCAGCAGCAGACCGACUUCUCCCUGUCCAUCACCUGUCAGUUCUGCUGGCAACUGGAUCCGUCGCAGUACCGCUGCUCCAACUCCACCACCUGCAUGACAGUGGCCUGCCCCCGACAGCGCUACAAUGCCACCUGCGACGUCCUGGACCACGUACACUGUUUAGGUAAAAGACAUUUUCAGAAGCGGUUAUUUUGCAACUGGACUGGAGGAUACAAGUGGUCCACAGCACUGGCGCUCAGCAUCACACUGGGUGGUUUUGGGGCGGACCGCUUCUACCUGGGCCAGUGGCGAGAGGGUCUGGGCAAGCUGUUCAGCUUUGGAGGCCUGGGCAUUUGGACGUUAAUAGACGUUCUUCUCAUCGGCGUGGGUUACGUGGGACCCGCCGACGGCUCUCUCUACAUCUGAAGAAGAAUAAGUCAAGAAUACACGGAAAGAAACGGUGGACAUGUGGCUGGCACGGUCUGUGCACUCUCAAGGACCGAAGAUCUUCCCCGGCGCCGUGUUCUUUGCGCGCCCCGGCGGCCCCAUCCCAUCUGCUAGCAGUCAGGAGGUGUUUUCUUCCUCACACCCGAGGAUGACUCUGCCCACACACGUGCCGGAUCAAUCACGUUUACAGCCGCCGCCUCCUGGUGUAAAAGGAGCGGUGGGUCGCCACCAGGAACCUGCGAGGACAUCGUGCGGGAGUUCGCUUUCUGAUAGCGUUGACUCGCAGUGGAGUGCGCGUCCACUCCUGAACAAUGGUUGUUUCUUCUUUCCUACUUCACGGUAAACUGGUGGGGGCUUGACGGGAACUAAUACUGUACUGCAGUGACAACAUUACAUAUUAGAAAGUAGUUCAGGCCACAACUGUAAGAGCAUUACUCUAAGACAGGGGGUGUCCAAAGUGUGGCCCAGGGGCCAUUUGUUUUUGUUUUUUUAUUGGCCCGCAACUUCUUCUAAAGACAAAAUAUGAACACUGCACUAAAAAACAGAAAUAUGCCAUUUUGGGUGAAAUUGCAUGUGAAUGCUGAAAUCUGCAAGGCACUUAAAUGCGUAAGCCAGGUGUGUCAAACUCAUUUUAGGUGGGGGCCACAUGGAGGAAAAUCUACUCCCAAGUGGGCCAGACUGGUAACAUCACGGCACGAUAACUUAAAAAUAAGGACAACUUCUAAAAAUACAACAAGCACACUCUAAAACUGUACAAAUCCUAAUGUUGUUGUUGUUGUUUUUUUUAAUCACCUGUUGUACCGUAUUUUUCGGACUAUAAGUUGCAGUUUUUUUCAUAGUUUGGCGGGGGUGCGACUUAAACUCAGGAGCAACUUAUAUGUGAAAUUAUUAACACAUUACCGUAAAAUAUCAAAUAUUAUUUAGCUCAUUCCCGUAAGAGACUAGACGUAUAAGAUUUCAUGGGAUUUAGCGAUUAGGAGUGACAGAUUGUUUGGUAAACGUAUAGCAUGUUCUAUAUGUUAUAGUUAUUUGAAUGACUCUUACCAUAAUAUGUUACGUUAACAUACCAGGCACGUUCUCAGUUGGUUAUUUAUGCCUCAUAUAACGUACACUUAUUCAGCCUGUUGUUUACUAUUCUUUAUUUAUUUUAAAUUGCCUUUCAAAUGUCUAUUCUUGGUGUUGGGUUUUAUCAAAUACAUUUCCCCAAAAAAUGCGACUUAUACUCCAGUGUGACUUAUAUAUGUCUUUUUCCUUCUUUAUUAUGCAUUUUCGGCCGGUGCGAUUUAUACUCCGGAGCGACUUAUAGUCCGAAAAAUAUGGUAUAUACACUUUAUUUGUCGUUAUUUAUAUUUUUUGAAUAAAUUAUGUGAUAAUGUUCAUCAGUCAACUCAUUGGUGUUAAUUUUCAAUCUAUCAAGAUAAAAAAAUGUAUAUCAAAAUUAAAUUACAGUAUGUUAUUUAUGUAGUUUGAUCAUUUUCCUCUGAUAUACUAACAUCAUGUGGUUUAUUUUGUACAUAUGUAGCAUCAUCUACAAAGAUACAAAGAAUUGCUAUUGCGACAUCCAGUGGACACUUUUAGAACAGCUGUUUCUUCCAUUCAAAAAUUUCAGGAUGAUUUUUAUACUUGGCAAACUGGCCCGAAAAAACCUGUUCGCGGGCCUGAUCUGGCCCUCGGGCCGUACGUUUGACACCCCUGGCGUAAGCCAAACUUAAAUGCUAAAGUUAGCAUGCUAACAGUCAGAAUGUGUUGAGUACCAAGUCAUAUGACUAUGAAGCGUACACAUGUAAAAUUAGCUUCAAAAGUUAGCAUGCUAACUGUUAACAUUUUAACAAUUAGCAUAUAUCAAGUACCAAGUUAAGUGACUCUGAUCUGUUCGGCUGCAAAAUUGGCUAAACAAGUUAGCAUGCUAAUGAUAUUAGGCUAGAUUGCUAAUGUUAGCAUGCUAACAGUUAGCAGACAUGCAAGCCACUGAAAUACGUAAGCUGAACUUAAACUCUAAUGUUAGCAUGCUAACAGUUAGAAUGCAUCAACCACCAAGUCAUAUGACUAUGAAGCGUACGUAUUUAAAAUAAGUUUAAAAAGUUAGCGUGCUAACUGUUAACAUACCAACAGUUAGCAUAUAUCAAGUACCAAGUUAUAUGACUCUGAGCUGUUCGGCUGCAAAAUUGGCUUAAAAAGUUAUAAUAAUAACUAACAUGCUAACAGUUGGCGUAUAUUAAGUACCAAGUUGUAUGCCUGUUAGGUGUUAGGCUGCAAAAUUGGCUAAAAAAGUUAGCAUCCUAAUGAUAUGUUAGAUUGCUAACAUUAACAUGUUAACAGUUAGCAUGUGUGAAGUACGAAGUAUCUGCAAAAUUGGCUAAAAUAGAUAGCAUGCUAGAAUAUUAACAUUAGCAUGCUAACUGUUAGCAUGUGUCAAGUACCAAGUCCUAUGACUCUGAGGUGUUUAUCUGCAAAAUUGGCUAAAAAAAGAUAGCAUGCUAAAAUUUAAAUAUUAGCAUGCUAACUGUUAGCAUGUGUCAAGUACCAAGUCAUAUGCCACUGAGGUGUUUGACUGCAAAAUUUGCUAAAAUAGAUAGCAUGCUAGAAUAUUAACAUUAGCAUGCUAACCGUUAGCAUGUGUCAAGUACCAAGUCCUAUGACUCUGAGGUGUUUAUCUGCAAAAUUGGCUAAAAAAAGAUAGCAUGCUAGAAUAUUAACAUUAGCAUGCUAACUGUUAGCAUGUGUCAAGUACCAAGUCAUAUGACUCUGAGGUGUUUGGCUGCAAAAUUUGCAUUAAAAAAAAGUUUGCACACUAAUGUUAGCAUGUUAAAAUUCUUAAUUUUAGGCAAAAUUACAUUGAAUAUGCUUUGCUACCGAUAACACAAAGCUAAGAUUUUGAUUUUUUUGUUCAGCUCGCUUAGCAUAUGUUGACUGACCAAUAUUAUAUCUGUUUUAGUAUCUUUAAUGUAUCAACGUGGUUUCACUAUCCUUAAUUUUAUUUAUGCGGCCCCUCGCUGAAAUGAGUUUGGACACCCCUGCUCUAAGACCUCCGCCAAGGCCAAACAGUUUGAGGAAAAACUCACCUUCUGUAAAUUUGAGUCAUAUUUCUGCGGUUGGGGUUGGCCAAAAGUAACAUAUUGUUGGAACGGCAACGCCAACCUUGUCGGCUGACUUAUCAUCUCUGACUGUGUGCAUAUUUGUAUUACACAACAGUGUCACAUAAGUAGGUAGGUGACUGAUGAUAUCAGAGGAUGUGACAUUCAGAGCACCGACUCUCACUACAGGACCCUUUAUUUACUUUGUUUGAAACACUGUAAAUGGCAUUAUUCUGAGUUAUUUAAAUAAAAUUAAAAAAAAAAAAAAAGCGUAGAAAAUGGAUGGAUGGGAAAUGGAUGAUUUGAAUUUUUAGUCAUUUUCUUUGCGGAAGUGAAUUUUAUGCCAAGGUUGUCAAAAUGGGUAGCCUUGGGUCUGUUUUUGUUCAGUUUACUGUCGCUCUGCAUGAAUCAAUUCAUUAUUGAUGAGACUUUUUGUUAGAUGUUAUUAGAGACGUCCGAUAAUGGCUUUUUUGCCGAUAUUCCGAUAUUUUCCAACUCUUACCGGUAUUACCGAUUCCGAUAUCAACCGAUACCGAUAUAUACAGUCGUGGAAUUAACACAUUAUUAUGCCUAAUUUUGUUGUGAUGCCCCGCUGGAUGCAUUAAACCAGUGGUCCCCAACCACCGGGGAUCGAUUGCUACACAAGAAAUAAAAAAAAUAUAUAUAAAAUAUUUUUUUAAAAUUUUUUUUAUUAAAUCAACAUAAAAAACACAAGAUACACUUACAAUUAGUGCACCAACCCAAAAAAACUCCCUCCCCCAUUUACACUCAUUCACACUCAUUCACACAAAAGGGUUGUUUCUUUCUGUUAUUGAUAUUUCUGGUUCCUACAUUAUAUAUCAAUACAGUCUGCAGGGAUACAGUACGUAAGCACGCAUGAUUGUAUUUUUUUAUGACAAAAAAAAAAAAUACCAUACCCCCCUCCACCCCCCACCACCACGUGGGACAAAUUUUCAAGCGUUGACCGGUCCGCAGUUACAAAAAGGUUGGGGACCACUGACGUAAGAGACUAGACGUAUAAGAUUUCAUGGGAUUUAGCGAUUAGGAGUGACAGAUUGUUUGGUAAACGUAUAGCAUGUUCUAUAUGUUAGAGUUAUUUGAAUGACUCUUACCAUAAUAUGUUACGUUAACAUACCAGGCACGUUCUCAGUUGGUUAUUUAUGCGUCAUAUAACGUACACUUAUUCAGCCUGUUGUUCACUAUUCUUUAUUUUAAAUUGCCUUUCAAAUGUCUAUUCUUGGUGUUGGGUUUUAUCAAAUAAAUUUCCCCCCAAAAUGCGACUUAUAUGUUUUUUUCCUUCUUUAUUAUGCAUUUUCGGCCGGUGUGACUUAUACUCCGGGGCGACUUAUAGUCCGAAAAAUACGGUAAAUAUUGCUGUUGCAAUGUUUGAUAGCUUUUUCUCCCCCUGCUUCCAGCUUUACAGAUGCCAACACCUGCCUAAAAAUGUCCUGGCAAGUGCCAUUACACACAUUAUCACUGACGCACUUGAACACGUUGUGUUGGUGUGCGUCUACUUGGCCUGUGACAGGAAUUGAAAAGUCUUAUUAUUAGAUGAGGUCAUUGUGAUGAAGGUUUGGCACGUCCACCGCGGUGAGCGACGGCCAAAACAACGGCGGCGUCCCAAACGAACCUCGGAGAAUGAUGUUACAUAAAUAACAAGAAGGGGAGGGAACACGCACGCCGACAAGUAGUGCCUUCCAAUUGGCUGCUGUGCUCAGGCCAUAUUCCUCCACCCGGAUUCUAGUUCCUCAAGCUUGACGCAGCUGGCUGAAGGCCAGACAUAACCAUCCCCUCCACCCCGCCCUCCUUCUGCCUGAUGAAAUUGUUGGUCCUUCCUGAACUGAGAAGGAGACUCAUGUUCCCUUUUUUUUUUCUUCCUAACUUCUCUGCAGGCUUGCAUGCUGUUGUAAGUUGUGAGCUGUAAGUGACACACAUUAGAGCUGACACAUUAGUACAAACCCCAAAACCAGUGAAGUAGGCUCCUUGUGUAAAUGGUAAAUAAAAACAGAAU